AUGCCACUGACGAUCUCUGCUCUUUCAUCUCGAGCAACAUCUCUACUCUUUCUCUUCCUAUUUGUUGCCCCGGUCGCAUUUGGGUAUCAGCCAUCACAACAACCAAACAAUGCUCAAUUAAACCGACGUAACUUUUUCGCAUUUGCGGCUGCAUCCGCUGCAGCGAACAUCUUGAUACCGGAACAACCAGCGAAUGCUGUGCUUUCUGCCAAGUACUGCGCCUAUGGAUCGGGGGACGGAUGCGAUGAUCUUGCUGAAGGAAAUGACUUUAUUCGUCAACUGCAGGCAAAAUCUGCAGCCAACAAGGAAAAGAAUGAAUCGGAUGCUCUUUACUCCUUCUACAUGAAGAACUAUCCAGAUGUAUUUGCUGUCAGUGGAAAAACGAUGGUAAAGAAGGCGGAUGGAACCUUCCUGCUGGUGAGUGGGGAAGAACUUAUGGCUUUGAAGAAAGACAACAGAAUCGGCAUUGAAAAUGUCAAGGCCAUGGGUGGAAAAGUUACAGACAUGACACAAAAACCAGUUCUGGUACUAAAGGAUUAA